UUAAAGAAAAAAAUGUAGGUAAAAAAAUCAAGUCUGUUCCGAAAUGGCUCUCCUUUGUCUCGAUUUUUUUCUCAAGCCCAAUUUCGAAAAAAAAAUUAAAUAAUAAAUUUUUUUGUUAGAAAAAAUGAAGUUUUGCAAAGAAAAGAAAAUAUUUUAUUCAGAGAGGAAUGCAUUUACCGUUCAAACUUUAAAGUUCAGCCAGGAUCAAUAUUCUAUUCAUAUUUGUAGUCACCUGUCCCGUUAAAGAGAGGGCAAAUGUUUUUUCGACAGUUCUUAGAUGUUUUGGGAUGCAGUUCGCGGUCGUGUUCGCGUCAGAUUAGUCUCCUCGGAACAUAACCUCAAAGUGAAAAUUAAAAGCGCAGUAUUCACACUAUUAUUUCAGCAUAAAAAUACGUGUGGCAAAUUGAAAUAUAAUUGAGAAAGGGGCGAAAAAGGCUGAUAUUCAGUAAUUGGCUUCCAAAACACAAAUCAUGUCAGACGAAGAAGACUACAUGUCCGACAAAUUCCUGGAGGAGUCGCAAAAAUACACGGCUCCGAGCUUAAUUUAUCGUCCUGAAGACAAAAGGGAAAUGGAACUUUUAAAAAAGAAAGCGGAAAUAGAAGCAAAAUUGAAAGAAAGGAAACCAACUCGAGUGAUAGAAGAAGAAAAACGAGAAGAAGGACUCUCGUCUGCAAUUACUAGUGAAAAUAAAGGUUUUGAAAUGCUCAUUCGGAUGGGAUACAAACCGGGCAAAGGAAUCGGGAAAAAAGAAUCGGGAAUUUCUGAGCCGAUUAACGUUGAUUUGAAAAAUAACAGACACGGUCUCGGGAAAGAAAAGAAGAUUAAAGUCAAAUCGCGCAAUGAAAAUCCUCUAGCAAAACUCGAAAAGUUGGAUACAGCCGAUUUUCGUAAUCGGCUCGCCCAGAAAAAGGCAGAGCAGGUCGCCGGAAUGGAUUUGCGAAAAAGUCAGAAAAUUUGCGAACAAUUAGAUAUCAGAAACAAUGUGGAAGCGCAUGAAAUCUGGUUUUGGUUUCCGAAAGAGAAAGAAGGAAAGGAAUUCGAGGAGAGUGAAAGCAGUGAAGAGGAUGAUGACGAGGACGACGAUGAUGAUGAUGAUGAUGAUGAUGAUGAUGAUGAGCAGCUCAAAGAUAGUGAAAAGUUGGAAAUCCUCACGAAAUAUUUAAGAGGAAAAUACAUGUAUUGUAUUUGGUGCGGUGUUGCUUAUGACAAUGCAGACGAUUUGCGGGAAAGUUGUCCGGGAAGUACGAGAAGUGAUCAUUAACAUAUCAAAAUGGGGCGAGAAAAACAACAACAACAAAAACGACUAUCAUUAUUGAUUAAUUUAAUUUUAAUAUAAUUACGAAUCGUGAUAAUUUCUUUUGAAAUUUGAAUCCAAGGACUAUUAAAAAGUGGAUUUCUUUCAUGUAUUUUAAUGUUUCCUUAAAAUAUUUUACCGAAAAUAUGAUGCUGCACGAUAAUGUAAAUAUAAUAAUAAACAUGAUCAUUUUUCGAAAAAGAA